AUGCAUGGCGUAAAAAAUCAUUAUAUCAAAAUAACUGUUCCUGAGGUCCAUGAUCCUAUAAUGAGCAAUACAAGCACAUGCCAUACAAGGCAGCAUCAAUCUUCAUGGAUAUACUCUUCCGAACGUCCACAUCACAGAGAUGCAGUUUGUCUAUCAGAAUCGCGUAAAGUUGAUAUAUCCUUCAAUAAUUGUCUGAGGCGAUCACAAGAAAAACCAUCUCCUGCAGAAAUCCGAUGA